AGACAAAUAAAUGGUGAUUGUACGGGACAGUACCAAUUGGUGCUGCCGCUUGCUUGGUAAUUCAAUCUAUUCUGCUAUUCUCGUUAAAAAAUGCAAUAGCGAAAAAGCAUUUUGUCAAGAACAAUUUUUGCAAGAAAAUUCUGGCAUUUUCUGGACACUUUAAAAACAACGCGACAGCCGCAGUAGCAGGGCUGAUGGUCCAUCGUCCAACCACCACUAUCAUACGACGAAAUUUUUAUCAUAGAAACUACAGAUAUCAUCAAAUUAGUGAAUCGAAACUUUCGACCUUGUGGGCAGUAUGCAGAGCUAUUGUUUUCGGUGGUGUUAUUAUUACUUUUGGCAUCUUGAUGACCAUUCUUGGUUACUUUGAUGUUUAUUUAUCUCAGGAAAUUGUACACAGUGGAGAUGAUGGCACCGAUAAGAUGUCCACCAACUGGACCAAGCGAUAUUUGUUUAAAAGUUUGCAGUAUCUCGGACCAGUUGUAAUGGGCAUUGGUUCAUUCAUCCUUAUUGUUGCCUGUGUUAUUACUCUCGAAAGUAGGGAUAAGAACACGCAGGUACUUCAUAAUGUAGAAGCUGAUCCGUGUAAGAAAACGUCUUUGUUACAAAGGGAUGUGGUGCAAAAACGUUUACCAAUGACCGACGAAGAGAUACGUGAGUGGACACCCCUAUACAAAGCUGUUCCACUAUCAAGAUGUGAUUCUAGUCCAAUAAUGGCUAAGAAGCGGAAAUACCGCUCUACCCCAUGUAUACCUCAAAUGCUUCUCGAUGAUAUUUAUAAUAGGAAAUUGUGUGGGCGAUAUUUUGAUAGUUAUUACUGUGGUAUCUUUAACACCGAAAAUGAUUUGGUACUCGACAUGCGCGAUCAUGGCCGCGUUUGUGCUUCUACAAGUGAACACUGCAGCCGUACUUCCCAUUGGCAGGAUGUGACUGUUGAACUGCAUAGUCCGCCUCCGAUGCUUUUGUCGAGCACCAUAAGAUCGUUACCGUUGCAGAUUUCUCCAAUCAGUCCUCCACAACAUAAUCAGUCUGAGCUUCACCAUGUAUGCUGCAGUACCUCCGAUUUCAGCAAUCUCGUCUACAAUGAACAUAACAGUAGUAAUGUUAUUGUUGCUAUUGAUCCCAUUGCAAAUGCUACUACCACUGACACUGUCGAUUUCAAGACGUUCGCUCGAGAUAGUUGUACAAUUCCUGAAAGAUUCGAAAGGCACGCUCCACUCGCAUCGUUGGACAUUGAAUGUGGCACCUCAAGCAGCUCCUCAUCAUCCAAUAUGAAAGUCCCGAAUGACAUCAUCCACUUUACCAUAUAA